UCAUUUGAGGAUUUGGAAAGCUAUUCCUGUCUUGCUGAGUCGUCUGGUCAAAUAAAUUGUCCAGUGAAGGGAUAAAUCAAUAUUUAUAAAAUCUCCAGACGAUGGUGGUAUCACUUUUUUCCCAUGUCCAUUGCUUUUUGGUGUGAAUAACGAGGGAUAUUCCGUGCUGGAACGCGUUAAACUGGGCUGAUCGACCCAUCGGGCCGUAGCAACCCCCCAUGCGGCUGUCUCCAAAAAUCCAUCAGGCCACUAACGAACACACUGGCAAAGUUAGAAAAGCACGUUCCAACGGUGUGGCAGAUUGAACGGUUUCGUGUUGCAAUGUUAGGAAUAGUUAUACCGGACAGGGUAAUACCAAGUGCCAGUGUCACUGGAGUCGUGAUGACAGAAUGCCCGGAGUAUCCAGCAGCACUGGACUCAUUGCUGCACGUGUGCAACCGAUUUCUAAACCUAAGCCCAAGAAAAUUGAACUAUCCGGAACAUCGCGACCAGCCCCAUUUACCCUUCGUCCAUUCGCCGGUCUCUUCAACCCCUUCCCCUACGGCUGUUCAGUCCUCUGCAACCACCCAGCGGAUUGCGAAGCGAAGGAGUUCGUCAAAAGAGCCAAGGAAUCAUGGGCAACCGAGGGCAAAACCCUCCUCCUCCCAACGGAAAUGGAGUUGAUCCGAGCAACGCUCCUCGCCGGUGGUGUCCUGGACACCUCAACCCCUCAGGAGCCCCCCGGCCAGGACACCACAGCCACAACCACAGUGCCAGAAGAAUUAUUUCGAAAAUACACCGAGACAGACUCGCGUCCAUUGACACCCACACCCACCCUGGCGAGUGGUCCCCUGACAGCUCACAGAAGUACUCACGAUGAAGGUCCAGCCCCUUGCAAUCCCCGUGAACGUACUACCCUGAUUCUGGACCUGAGGACAGCAUCGCAGGAGCAGGAAACGGAGACCCUGAGCUGGCAUGCGUUGACCCUGGAACCACCACCGAGUCCUAAAAGGCCGACUGAGCUCUCCAAACGCUCCAGCAUUUUACAGCAAAAUCAAGGACAUCAAAAUCGUCCAGCUCUGCCACCUCCACCUUCCCCAGUCCAAGUCACAUCAGGAACAUUCUCAGAUCACGAAUCAUCGAGAAAUGAGGAUCAAGAAGAAGAUUCUGAGUCAGAGUCGGGCUCGCCAAUGAGACGAAGAGGAAAAAAAUUGAAGAAGAGAAAGUGUCGAAGGGGAUCGGCUUAUGGACAACAGAAUGAAGUCAGGGGGCCCUUGGAGCCCCUCGAAACACAAGUCUCCCAGGUCGAUGAUGGAUCCAGAAGGAACUCGGGACAGCAUCAGGUAGCGACGGAGGUGGAGGUGAAAAUGGAGAGGGCAGUGACUCCUGUUCAAGAUCAUCAACUCUCCAGUUUUCUCACUCCUGACAUCAUCAGACACCUGGGGAGAGAGCUGGACAGGGAGACGGUGGAGGAGGAGUUCAAUCUGAAGAGGAAAAUUGCUCUGGAGGAGGCGCUGAGGGUCAAGGGAGAGACACAACCAAAUUUGAAGACGAAUAGGACAGCAACUGCUGCUCCUGUCUGUCAAAAUGCUCCCAGAGUAUUUUCCAGACAAUCAGCGAGGUUUGAAUUGUUGGAUUCGGGGAGUUUGAGGUCCAUGAAGCCACUGGAUUAUCUCGGGAAAUUUGUAUUUUUAACUCCCGGGAGGAAAUUAAUUUUUGGGAGGACGUUUAAUAAAUUUUAUGAAGACACUAUGGAUGGACUCAGGUACAUUCAGCCGAAUGAAGUGAUGGAGGCACUCGAGGAGGUGAUGGGAAAGCCGUUUACUGGAGAACAGAUGGAGAAAUUUGGGGAGUACCUGGGGAUAAUCAGAGAACCGUUGGAUUUUAGGACAUGGUGUGGGGUCUGCGCUGUCUGUGAGAGACUUCUCACACCUCUACCACCCAGAGAUGUUGAUCCACCUGCCUGGAUUGAACGGGCUGACUUCGAAGCACUCGAGAGGAGGCUCAAACAUAUCGAUGUUGAUCCCAUGCUGGCUAGACUACUCAGGGACAUUCGCGAUCAGUGAGUCAAGUAGUUGAGAAUGUUUUUCAGUCAGACAGAUAU